GGCCUGCGAGGAUCUCCUCGCUCCUUUCACUCUUCCCACAUCUUGGUCAACAUUAUGGCAGGUUCUAUUGCUGCUGCACGUCCUCUGCGCGCUGGCUUCUCUCUCGCCGCGCGUGCAUCGUCAAAGUCAAAGUUGAGUCGUGUGCCAAAGCGUCUCUCCUCGAUCGUCUCCACCGCGAGCUUCGAGACUCCGCUUGACGUCUUCACCCCUCGCCAUAUUGGCCCUCGUGAGGAUGACACGGUGCAUAUGCUCAAGACCGUCGGGUACAACUCGUUGGAGGACUUCGUACGCGACACUGCACCUGCUGGGAUCCGUAUUCCCGAGAACAACCUCACCGACGCGGUCAUCAAGCCUCUCACUGAGGUUGAACUUGAUGAGCGGAUACGAGAGAUCGCAGGGAAGAACAAGAUGCUGAGGAGCUUCAUCGGUAUGGGGUAUUGGAACGCGGUUGUACCCAAAGUUAUCUUGCGUAACAUCACAGAGAACCCAGCAUGGUACACAUCCUACACCCCGUACCAGCCCGAAAUCUCUCAAGGUCGCCUCGAAUCCCUUCUCAACUAUCAGACCAUGGUAACUGAUCUUACAGCGUUGGACGUGGCGAACGCGUCCCUGCUCGACGAGGCGACUGCUGCUGGCGAAGCCAUGAUCAUGUGCCUCGCCACGAUGCCCGCUCACAGUACCAAACGGACCUUCUUGGUCGACAGUGGUGUAUUCCCUCAAACGAUCGAUGUUUUACACACGCGUUCGAUUGGCUUUGGCGUCAAGGUAGUUGUUGCCGAUGUCAAGGAGGCGAUCAAUGACCCUGCGAUCGCUGUGCACGAGCUUGGCGCGCAUAUGGUCUGCGCCACGGACCUUUUGGCCCUGACGCUCAUCAAGGCGCCGGGAGAAUGGGGUGCGGACGUUGCCCUAGGAUCUUCAGCCAUGUUUGGUGUGCCCACCGGGUACGGAGGUCCUCACGCAGCCUUCUUUUCUGUCAAGGAUGCGCUCAAGCGGAAGACGCCUGGUCGCUUGGUCGGUGUGAGCAAGGACCCUCUGGGUAACCCUGCUUUGCGUUUGGCCCUGCAGACCCGCGAGCAGCAUAUCAACCGCGAGAAGGCCACUUCCAACAUCUGAGGAAUCCAAGCUCCAUUUCCCGGUCCUUACGACCGGGGUAGCAUGGCAAAUGGGCAAUGCUAUCCGCGCCCGGUUCUUGGCGAACGACGCUUGGAAGGAAAGGGAGAUCGUCGUCCACAUAUCUACCUUUACAGGUCAUGUGCUAUUUAUGUGCGCGGUGGGGAAGGAGAGUGCAACUAACUCUGGGAACUGGGUUUGGGCGAGUCCCGUUCCUGUGCGGUGGGAGUGGGAGGGGAGGCGAGCUGAUGGGGGACAGAUUACCGGCAAGAUGAACGUCGUUUAGCGGUUCAACCAUUGCUCUUCCCGUGGGGAGGAAGUUCGCCUCCCAGGGCAAGGUGCCGGAGGAGGCGCUCGCCUUUCCGGAGUUUGCAGCGCAUGGAGGUGCUUUCCCCGUCUGGAUCAAGGGCGCGCCGUGCGCCCCGCUGGGGACGAUCAUCGUUAGUGGCUUGAAGCAGGAGGAGGAUCAUCAGAGUACACUCUAUCCUCUUCUUAUGUCAAGAUGAUGGGCUGAUAAGCCGUGGAAGUCAUCGUUGAUACUCUCGAGGAGAUCUUACCGACUUUGCAGUGAGUGGGAAGAUGUGAAUGAGUGAUGGAUGUGAAGAGGUUUCGUUUGGAAAGAGGUGUGGAAUGUAAACAAGACGAAUUGGGUGUGUUUUAGAGACACCAUCGAGAGACUUGCAAGACGGCGAAGAAUACUGAUCGACAAGCCGUGACAGCGUGUCGACC